CUUCACUAACACGCCCGUCAAUAUUGCGUCAACUCGAUUAGCUCAUGGCCAUCCCCUCGGGAUAUUGCCCUUAGUUCCCCCACAGAUCCUACAGAAAAUGUUACCGUAGCAUAUCGUGGGAGUCAAGAUCUUUUUUUUUCCACGCCAUGGAGAUUUCUCAAGUUCCGCUCUCACAUUCCGGGUCCCAAGCGAAGAACGCAGAGAAUGCGUCCCCACUUGCUGAUGUAGAGAAGAAUGAGGAUGGAGGCACCCUUCAUCCGGAUGUGUCUGAGCCCCCGUACUCGAUUUUUAGCACGAAAAUGAAGAUGUGGAUUAUCUUCCUUGUCUCCAUCUCGGCGCUCAUAUCGCCAUUUGGAGCAACCACCUUCUAUCCCGCAUUGAAUGUUCUUGCAGAGAAGCUCGAUGUUUCUCCAGCCAUGGUGAACAUCUCACUCACGACAUAUAUGAUUGCUCAAGCCAUCGCACCGUCGAUCAUUGCCGGAAUGUCUGACAAUAGUGGACGCCGUUUAUCGUUCAUUGUAUGCUUCGCCAUCUUCAUCGUUGCCAAUAUCGGCCUCGCUUUGCAAACUAAUUACGCCGCCUUGCUUGUUCUACGAAUGGUCCAGGCCACCGGCUCCAGUGCUUCCAUUGCUCUAUCAGUUGCAGUUGUGGCGGACGUGGCGACCUCCGCUGAACGAGGGCAAUAUAUGGGUUAUGCCACUGCUGGGCUUCUCUUUGGGCCGGCCUUCGGCCCAACCAUCGGCGGUGUGUUGGCCCAAUACCUUGGGUGGAGAUCAAUCUUCUGGUUUUUGGCCAUCUACGCUGGCGUGCUCCUUGCCAUGUUCACCCUGCUCUUUCCUGAAACGUGCCGGAACGUCGUUGGGAACGGUUCCACACUAGCGCGGGGGGUGAAUCGCUCCCUGGUGAGCUACCUUCAGGAACAGAACUUUUCUGGUCCGCCAUCCCCCAUCGACAGCAAUCCUCCUACAGCUACAGGAAAGCGUGGAUUCAAUUUCCCAAAUCCUCUUGGGACAUUACGGAUUCUUGGAGAAAAAGAAUCUUGUAUCGUUCUUCUUUACAACGGCCUGUUCUUCACUGGGAUGAUGACCACCACGGCCGCCGUCCCGGAGCUCUUCAAAUCUGCCUACGGCCUUGACGAACUUAGAGUGGGUCUCUGCUAUAUAGCCCUUGGUACCGGCUCGCUGAUCUCCGCUCUCACGAUGGGACACGUCGUCGACUGGAAUUUCCGUCGACAUGCGAAGAGACUCCAGAUGCCAAUCGCAAAAGGAAAACAGCAAGAUCUCCGCCAUUUCCCGAUUGAGCUAGUCCGUCUUCAAGUAGUUGUCCCAGGGCAUCUGAUCGGCACAGCUGCGUUGCUGAUGUUUGGUUGGAGCAUCAAAUUCAAUACCCAUAUUUCCCUGCCAGAAGUUGCGCUCUUCUUCAUCGGCUUUGGCAUCUCGACCGCUUUUAAUAUCACUAAUACUUUGCUCGUCGACCUUCAUCGUAAUCAGCCUGCCACUGCUACUGCCGCAGUGAAUUUUGUGCGAUGCCUCAUGUCGGCUGGGGGCUCAGCGGCUAUCAUCCCUAUGUGUCAAGCUAUGAACGCCGGAUGGGCAUUUACCCUUAUAGCGCUGAUUUACGUGAUCUUGGUCGCGGCGGUGUUCUGGAUUAUGAGGAAAGGAAUGGCGUGGAGGGAAGCGGAGGCGAAGAAGUUGUUGGGGGAUGAUAAAAGAGGUGAACUGGAUUCGAGGAAUGGCCAUUCUAAGAAUGUGCUGGUGGAAGCCGAACGUCCUAUCAACGAGACCAGAUAUGGUUCGGGGGAGACAGCCAAAAAAUAACCUCAACCGUUGAAUCAAAAUCGAAUGCAGGUGUGGCGCCUAUGGCGCUUUAUCGUACUACAGGACUCUAGCUCACUAAGAUGUAACAAAUUUGAGGGCAAAGUAAAAAAGUAGGGGAAAUCCAGGUUAACGGACAUUUAAGCAUCCUCGGGCGAAAACGGUAUCAUUAGUUCCGCUGCACAGCAAGUCUUCGACCCACUAUGAGUAGUUCUCUAGGCAAGUGGGUAAUAUUAGGGGUCGACGGACGACACCGAUAGUCGGGCCACCAUCGCUUUGGAAAUGAGCCGUGAGAUGAAGCAGGUAGAAGAAAUCAGACACUGGUGGGAAGCUGAGGUCUUGUGUAUCUGUUGUCAUGAAACUAUUCAAGUUCAAGUAGGAGGGUGAAGGAAGGUGUUGGGUCGAGCUUUUCCAUUUGGUGUAGGGAUAUGAGUAGAUAAUUCCUCAAACCUC